CAUUCCCCUUCACUCCAAAAUUAAUUCCCCGCAAUUCGCUUUGAUCGGAUCGAAGAGCAAGGAAAGACACCAACGCCUAACCAGACGGAGGGCAGAAAAGCAACUUCCAUCAUGGAGGGCAUAAAGCAGACAUUUGCACAAUGCAAGCGAGAGGGACGCUCUGCGCUGGUUGCGUAUGUCACCGCGGGGUAUCCCCGCCCUGACGAAACCGUUGAUAUCAUAUUGGGCAUGGAAGAGGGUGGAGCCGAUAUCAUCGAGCUCGGUGUGCCCUUUACAGAUCCCAUUGCCGAUGGCCCCACCAUCCAGCGCGCGAACACUCAGGCGUUGCAACAUGGUGUUACUAUCACUUCUGUGCUUGAAAUGGUUCGCCAGGCGAGGGAUCGGGGAUUGAGAGCUCCCGUGCUGCUUAUGGGCUACUACAACCCGCUCUUGCGAUAUGGCGAGGAAAAGAUACUGAAAACCGCUAAAGCCGCCGGGAUCAAUGGCUUCAUUAUGGUUGAUCUGCCACCAGAGGAAGCCGUUCGAUUUAGAGAUCUAUGCAAGAAGGAAGGGCUCUCGUAUGUCCCUCUGAUUGCCCCUGCUACCUCAGACUCCCGAAUGAGACUACUCUGCAGCAUCGCCGAUUCUUUUAUCUAUGUUGUGUCGAGAAUGGGUGUCACUGGCGCCACGGGUCGACUAAGUACGGGCCUUCCAGAGCUUCUGGCACGAGUUCACAGCUAUUCCGGAAAUAUACCAGCUGCUGUUGGUUUCGGCGUGAGCACGAGGGAGCAUUUCCUGAACGUCCAAGAAAUUGCGGAGGGUGUCGUUAUCGGAAGCCAAAUGAUCACCGUGCUGGGUGAAGCACCUGAAGGCCAGAGAGCCCAGAAGAUCAAAGAGUACUGUUCAAGCAUCACGGGAAGGACGGUUGAUCGGAGCAAGCUGUCAGAGCCGUUCACGAGGGAAAUUGGCCUCACUGAGGCACUGGCAGAAGCGCAGGAACCCACGGGGGCACAAGUCGACAAAGUUAUCAAGGAGGGUUCCAGCCCAGGACCGGGGCUCGUUGACCAGCUCGAGGCUCUUAAUGUGACCGGGAAUCCAGCUGCGAUCCCAGCACGCUUUGGAGAGUUUGGUGGGCAAUAUGUUCCGGAGUCACUCAUGGAUUGUCUCGCUGAACUGGAGGCUGGAUUUAACGAAGCCAAGAAUGAUCCUAAAUUCUGGGAAGAAUAUCGCUCGUACUACCCUUACAUGGGACGUCCCAGUAAUCUGCAUUUCGCUCAGCGCCUCACCGAACACGCUGGGGGCGCUAACAUUUACAUCAAGCGAGAAGAUCUAAAUCAUACAGGAAGUCACAAAAUCAAUAACGCACUCGGCCAAGUUUUGCUUGCAAAGCGUCUUGGAAAGACCAGAAUCAUUGCCGAAACUGGAGCAGGCCAGCACGGUGUAGCUACCGCAACUGUGUGCGCAAAAUUUGGCAUGGAGUGUGUUGUUUACAUGGGUGCAGAGGACGUCCGUCGACAGGCGCUCAAUGUGUUCCGCAUGAAGCUUCUCGGGGCGUCCGUGGUAGCUGUUGAAGCUGGCUCUCGGACACUCCGUGACGCCGUCAACGAAGCACUUCGUGCCUGGGUCGUCGAUCUCGAAACUACACACUACAUCAUCGGCUCAGCGAUUGGCCCUCAUCCCUUCCCGACUAUCGUUCGUACAUUCCAGUCGGUAAUCGGUGAAGAGACGAAGCAGCAAAUGAAGGAGCUAACAGGCAGACUCCCCGAUGCCGUGGUUGCUUGUGUCGGCGGAGGUAGCAAUGCUGUUGGCAUGUUCUAUCCCUUCGCGGACGAUCUUAGCGUCAAACUGCUGGGUGUCGAAGCUGGAGGCGACGGAAUUGAAACGGGAAAGCACUCGGCGACUCUCUCUGGAGGAACCAAAGGUGUUCUUCACGGCGUGCGAACCUACGUUCUCCAGGACGAACACGGCCAGAUCUCCGAAACUCACUCCAUUUCGGCUGGUCUAGACUAUCCCGGCGUCGGGCCGGAAUUAAGUUCUUGGAAAGACACCUCGAGAGCCGAGUUCAUUGCUGCCACAGACGCUCAGGCUCUUAUUGGUUUCCGGACUAUUGCCGAGUUGGAAGGCAUUAUUCCCGCCCUGGAAUCGUCCCACGCAGUGUACGGCGUGAUCGAGCUUGCAAAGAAGAUGGGCAAGGGGAAGAACAUUGUCCUGAAUUUGAGUGGCCGGGGCGACAAGGAUGUGCAGAGUGUCGCUGAUGCUUUGCCCGUCAUUGGGCCAAAGAUUGGAUGGGAUUUGAGAUUUUAAGAGAACAAAAAGAAGAAGAUAUUUUCUUCUCAACUGACCACAAGGAACGUAACUCUUCCGAUAGUAAUGUACAGGGCCCCGAGUUGGAAAGUUCUUGAGCGAUGAAGCCAAUGGGAAAAGGGAGAAUACGUUGGUGCAGAAGAGACUGAAUAGUGUUUCGGUGCUUUAUAUGUAGUUACAUAUCCACAGUGGGGGGUUGGCUCUCUGGCACCAUAAGCCCCUUGAUAUGUCUGAAGAUGGACGUGACUUGUGUAUUUCGGUUUUAAAAACAGAUCUUCAAGACCUUUAUAUCAACAGCGGAAUAGAUAUAGAUCCGAUGUACUCACGAUCUUAAAUCCCGCAGUACGUACUAUCUAUUCUAUAAUAACUAGUCGGUGCGUUUCCAUA